AUGCUGCCCACACACCGCGUCCCACCCUCCCCCGGGCGCUCGCGGUUCGACUUCACGAAAGCCUCAAACGGGAAGUUCGUCACACGAUGGGCUCUGCUCGGCGUCACCGUCGUCGCGCUGCUCUGGUUCGGCGGGCCUCUGAUAUCCGACAUGGUGUAUGGGCCGCCCGAGUUCGACUACAUCCCACCUCCCCCGCGUCCGCCUGGGGGCCCGCAUGUGCGACCACCGCCCCCACCGUCUCGGCCACCGCCAGAGCAGGCUUUGUGGGACGGGAGGGCGGAUGAAGUUCGGGAGGCGUUUAGGCAUGCGUGGACGGGAUAUAAAGAGAAGGCGUUCCCGCAUGAUGAGCUGGCGUCGGUGUCGGGCGGGAGUACGGAUAAGUACAAUGGAUGGUCUGUGACGCUCUUCGAUUCGCUCGACACGAUGUGGAUCAUGGGUAUGCAAGAAGAGUUCGCCGAUGCCGUGAAGAGCAUCAAAGGUCGUCACUUCAAUGCUACCAAGGCCGACCACUACGCUGGUUUCUUUGAGACUACCAUUCGUUACCUCGGCGGUAUUCUCUCCGCAUACGCCCUCUCGAGCGACCCAGAGCUGAAGCGGCUUGCUGACGAGCUCGGCCAAAUACUCCUACCAGCCUUCGACGGCACAGAGUCGGGCCUUCCUGCGUAUUCAGUCAAUGUCGAAACUGGCGAAGUCAAGUUGGAUGGGGGCAAGAACACGGUUUUGUUCGCGGAGGCGACAUCGUGUCAGCUCGAGUUCAAGUAUCUGGCGAAGAUCACUGGGAAGAAGGAGUAUUAUCAGAAGGUCCAGAAAGCGAUGAACUACUUCUACAAAGCUGACGUGAAGGAUGGUCUCUUCAACGACAACUGGUUCAUCAAGGAUGGAACGCCAACAGGCUCCCACUUCACCAUCGGCGCCACAGCGGACAGCGGGUACGAAUACCUCCUCAAGCAAUGGCUGCUCAGCGGCGACACCAAAGCUCGCGACCAAUACAUCAAAUCCGCCACCGGGAUCAUCAACAAGCUCCUCUACCUAACGCCCAACCGUGAGCUCAUGUACGUCGGCGACCUCGUCUCUGGAUCCCUCGUGCACCGACUGGAGCACCUCUCGUGUUUCCUGGGCGGCGUCCUCGGGCUCGGAGCCGUAGGGCUCUCCUCCGACCCCGCCAACCCGUACCUCUCGCCGCAAGACAAGAAGCUGCACGAGUGGGCCGGCCACAGCCUCGCGUACACCUGCGCUGUGUCGUACGCGGACCAGGUUACCGGUGUGGGCCCGGACCAGCUCAUGAUGUCGCCGACGGGCAAGAAGUGGAUCGACGAGGUGCGGAAGUGGGAGGCCGAUGGCGAGCAGGGAACGCCGCCGGGAAUGAGCGACGCCAAGCCUGAGCAAGACCCGAGCAAGAGGGAUUAUUACACGAGUUGGGGAAACGCGUAUUUGUUGAGGCCUGAGACCGUCGAGAGCAUCUUCAUCAUGUGGCGCACGACGGGCGACGUCAAGUGGCGCGAGCGCGGGUACGCCAUCUUCCAGGGCAUCAACAAGCACGCCCGUACGGAAUUUGGGUUCUCGACGUUCAACGGCGUCGAUGGGAACGUGCACCUUCUGGACGACAUGCCGAGCUGGUUCCUCGCCGAGACGCUCAAGUACCUCUACCUCCUCUUCACCGACACAGAGACGAUCCCGCUCGAAGACUGGGUGUUCAACACCGAGGCACACCCCCUGCCUGUGUUCACCUGGACGGAAGAGGAGAGGCAAGUGUUUGGGAUACAGGAGUAA